AUGUUAUCAUUAAGAGCUUUUUAUGUAUUAUUAAGUAUACCAAUAAAAUUAUUAUUAGUAAUUAUAAAAUAUCCAUUUUUUGGAGGAAUAAAUGAAAAAUUUAAAAAUUCAUUAAAAAAUUCAUUAAAAUUACAAUUAUGUAGAACAGCAUUAUCAAUGCCUGUUAAAGAUAGUUAUAUAAUAUCAAUAUUAUCAAAUUGGUUUUUAAUUAACAAGCUAAUUAAAUUUUUAUAUCCUAAUUUAACUAAAAACUUAAAUAAUUAUGGUAAAAAUUAUGAUAAACAAAGUAUUUGGUUAGUUGAAUCUCCCCAAAGAUCUAAAAAUGAUCCAAUUUUAAUAUUUUUACAUGGUGGUGGUUAUUAUAUUGAAACUCAACCUUCUCAAUUAGAAAGUUUAAUUAGUAUAUAUCAUUUAUUAGAACCUUCAAAAAAAUCAAAAUUAUCAAUAUUACAUUUUGAUUAUAAAUUAGCAUGUCGUGGAGCAAUAGUAACUACUCAAUUAUAUCAAUUAGUUGAAACUUAUAAAAAAUUAACUGAAAUUGAUGGGAAUUCAAAUAUUAUACUAAUGGGAGAUUCAGCAGGUGGUCAUUUAGCAAUAACAUUUUUACAAUAUUUAAAACAAAAAAGAGAUCAAAAUGAAAUUAAGAAUAUAGUAUGGCCAAAAUCUUUAAUUUUAAUUAGUCCAUGGUGUAAAAUUCAUCCAGAACCACAUCAAAACACCAAAGGUUGGUCAUAUUAUGAAAAUUCUAAACGUGAUAUGAUUCAAUUAAAAUAUUUUCAAGAAAUUGAUAGACAAGAAUCAAUAAUUGGAAAUUUAAAUCAUGUUGAUAUGUUAGUAUCUCCUGGAAAUUUACCUUAUAAAUAUUCUGAUUGGGAUGAUAUUCCAACACUUUCCCAGCCAGGUAAUUCAAUAUUUGUAAUAUUAGGAGAACAUGAAGUUUUUAGAGAUGAUAUUUUAGAAUGGUGUCAAUAUGCAGUAAAAUCUCCAUUAAUUAAACAAAAAUUAGAUUCUAGGGGAAAAAUAGAUAUAAAAUUACAUGAAUAUAAAUCAAACCCUACCAAUGGUGGUCCAUUAGUUGAAAUUUUUAUUGAACCUUGGGGAGUUCAUGAUUCAAGUUUAUUUUUUGAAAAUGAUAUUAUAAAACAAGUUAACAAACACAAAGGUAAUUUAAAAUUAUCUCAAUUGAAAAAUCGUGAACAAUAUUUUGGAAUUUUAAAAAUUGUUAAUUUUUUAAAUGAAAUUUUAAAAAAUGAUUUUAAUGAAGAUGGAUCUAUUGUUUUAGUUAAUGGAUUUGAAAAAAAUUUAAAAGAAUAG